UAUCACAACUGUACAUUCAUAUCACUAAAUAUAAUGUAUUGAAUAUUAUAUAUUGGUCUAUUUCUAACAUUUUUAGUAUCUUUAUUUUUUAACUUAAUUUUAUCAACUUUGAGGCUAGAUUUAUGUCCACGAACUUGGUGAUUUAUCUUCCUUCCAGGCCCACCGAAUGUUUUCAGUUAUCUUCAGAAUCUUUGAAAGUUUUAGGCUUUAACUCCGAGGAUCUCCUUUACAAACACUAUUGCAGUCCAGAAGACCAAUGCAGAGGUUCAUACCCCUGCUUCAAAAGUGAUAUUUUCAAUCAUGUCGUGAGCAAAUUGUACAACGUUAAUCUGGAGAAGUUUUACCUCCUAAUAAAUGGAAAACUAACUGAUAAAAAAGAACAUAAUAAAAAUUUAAAUUUAAACCACCGUUCUACCCCUAAGGAUUUAAUAAAUGUAACAGUUCUAUACAAGCUUCUGGGAGGAAAGGGAGGCUUUGGGAAAAUCCUCAAGACGCAGUCAAACAAGAAAAGACAGUCAAAUAACCUUGACUCAUGCCGUAAUUUACAGGGCCAGAGGAUACGAACUGUAAGGCUUUCCGACCAGAUGAAUAAGUGGAAGGAGUCGGAAUCGGUUCGUGAAAAACUGGGCGAUGAUGUAUACAAAUUACCAAAAAAAGACAAACCUUCUGAAAAUAUUAAACCUGAAAAAUUUUGUGACCCGAAGUACGUAGAAACAGUUAAGAAGGAGGUUUCCAAGGUCAAGGAAACUGUUCUCAGAGGAUUCGACAGGAAACUUGAAAAGGAAUCUCAAGACUUUAAAUUAUGUGAAGAAUUAGAAUCAAAGCGAUCUACACUAAUUGAUUCGUGUUCGAAUAUUUACGAUUUAUAGAAGGUUGAUAGUUCCUCUUUCAACCCGCUGCACUUCUUUAAAUUAUUUUUUGUUAAUGUAAUUUACUUUUUUGUA